AUGUCUGGUAAAGAGAAAGAUCAGAAGAAUGUGAAAGGUGCAGCUGCGGGUGCUAAGAGUGGUGCGAAGGCGCCUGCCAAUGGUUCUAGGCCGAGCGGGCAGUUCUCCGCGUCUGAUCUGAACAGGAUUGUGCUGGAGUACUUGAACAAGAAAGGGUACCACCGUACCGAGGCGAUGCUGAGGGCUGAGAGUUCGCGGACCGCUACGCCGGUGAACAAGAACUCGCCUGCGAACACCAAGGACGGGAGCUUGCCUGAGCCUUCCACAGUGCCGCCUGCACAGGAUGCGAACGCUAAGCCCGUGAGCAAUCCUGUGGACUCUGCGAGUGCGAAGCGUGACGCAUCGGGUGAAGUGGUGCUGAAGGACAAGGUCAGGCAGGACAUGUCUCCCGAACACUACAUAAGGGCCUACACAAUGCUGAAGAACUGGGUGGACUCCUCCCUGGAUAUAUACCGCUCCGAGCUGAGCUAUAUCAUGUACCCGGUGUUCAUAUACCUAUUCCUGUACUUGGUCUCUAAGGACCCGAUAUACGCAAGGAGAUUCUUUGACAAAUUCUCCUCGGACUUUAGAGUCAAGCACGGCUCUGAGAUUAACAGGUUGUUCAGUGUAAACUCCGUCGAUCAUAUAAAGGAAAAUGAAGUCGCAAAGGCGUUCAACGGCAACCGGUAUAGAGUGACCAUCAGCCGCGCGGCCUUUUACUUAAUGCUAUACUUCCUCACAGACAAUGAAGGCGUAGGGGGCUCAUUGAUAAUAGGUAUAAUAAACGAUCACAUACAGCCUAACGUAAUGGACACAGUGAGGUCCAAGGACAGAAUCUCGGACGGUGUAGAGAUUGCAGCCGACACAGCUGGUACAGACGGUCUGGCUGAGAUAAAUAACGCACCUGUGACAUUGGGACCAUUCCCAAAGGAUGAGGAAUUCGUAAAGGAAAUAGAGACUGAGUUGAAGAUCAAAGAUGACCAAGAGAAGAAACAAAUAGAACAAUCGAAGAAAGGGGACGGCUCAAAGGAAGGCUCCGUAGCAUCAGAAGACGUCGCCAAAGAACCGACCGCAGACCUUGAUGAUACAAACGAUAGACCAACUCUACUCCAAGAAUAUAGAAAAAUGAACGGUGAUGAAUCUUCAGCAACUCCUCAGGAGGAAUCUGAUGCUGCAGCUGAUAAACAGGAUGGAAAAAGCGGAGACUCCACUAAGGUCAAGUCAGAAGAUAAGAAAACAGCUGUUGCUGUGGUAAAAACUGAGGAAGUAGCAGCCAUGAUGAGUUCUCCUUCGAAGGAUACUUUACCUUUACCUCCUAAGACGGCUCUUGAUAUCAAAAUUGAGAUUCAAAAGGUCAAGGAAUCUAGAGACGCUAUUAAACUGGACAAUCUACAAGCAGCACUACCCAGUGUUUGUAUGUACACAUUUCACAACACCAAUAGGGAUAUGACAUCUUUGGAAUUCAGUGAUGAUUGUAGGUUGGCUGCUGCUGGGUUCCAAGAUAGCUAUAUUAAAAUCUGGUCCUUAGAUGGGUCCUCAUUGAUAAAUCCGAAGUAUAGUUCCUCUCAAUUUGAUAGAUUUUCUCAGGAUAACACUUGUUCAACAUUAGUUGGCCAUAGUGGUACAGUUUACUCAACUAGUUUCAGCCCUGAUAACAUGUAUUUAGUUUCCGGUUCAGAGGAUAAGACGGUGAAAUUAUGGUCUAUGGAUACGCAUACUGCGUUAGUGAAUUAUAAAGGACAUAAUCACCCAGUUUGGGAUGUUAAAUUCUCACCUUUAGGCCAUUAUUUUGCAUCUGCCUCACACGAUCAAACGGCCAGACUAUGGGCCUGUGAUCAUAUCUAUCCAUUAAGAAUCUUUGCAGGGCAUACAAAUGAUGUUGAUACAGUUUCCUUCCAUCCAAACGGUUGCUACGUAUUUACAGGUUCCAGUGACAAGACAUGUAGAAUGUGGGAUGUAAGUACUGGUGAUUCCGUGAGAUUAUUCUUAGGCCACACUGCUCCUGUAUUAUCCACACAAGUAUCUCCAGAUGGUAGAUGGUUGGCUACUGGUAGUGAAGAUGGUGUGAUAUGUCUAUGGGAUAUCGGUACUGGUAAGAGAAUCAAGCAAAUGCGUGGACACGGUAAGAAUGCAGUUCAUUCGUUAUCCUUUAAUAAAGAGGGAAAUGUUUUGAUAAGUGGAGGUGCAGACCACUCAGUACGUGUUUGGGAUGUCAAACACGGUACCACUGAACAAGGGCCAGAACCAGAACAGCCAUUUAACGCACACGUAGGCGACAUAACAGCAUCAAUUAAUCAAGAUAUCAAAGAUUACGGAAGAAGAAGAACAAUAAUACCCACAAAUGACUUGGUUGCUUCUUUCUACACUAAGAGAAGUCCAGUAUUCAAAGUAAAGUUCACUAGAAGUAACUUGGCUUUAGCUGGUGGUGCAAUCAGAGAGUGA